AAAAUGCCAGCUUCUCUAAGAAAACUGCAGCAAAUGGCUGUUUUCAUGGGACUGUUCAGCGGCGGGGGAUGCAUCGUGAUGUAUAAUCUUAUGCAAAAGAGUUUUGCCAGGACCCAGUAUUAUCAGCAGGCUUUGGAGCAAUUGAACAACAAUCCCAAUGCCCUGGAAGCCCUGGGUGCCCCCCCUCUUAAGGUUCACAACAUCCGACUGACGGAUGGGAGUAACCACGUGGACACAGAAAGAGCACAGAUAAAGUUACCGGUAUCUGGAACAAAAUCCGCGGGGUACCUCUAUAUUAACUCAGAGAUGGACCACUCUCGUCAAUGCUGGUGCCUUCAGGAUGUCACCUUGAAACUGCGGGAUGGUCAGAAUAUUCCAGUUUACCACUCCCCGGUGGAAAGCAUCGGUGUGCAAGAAGGCUAAAAAUCAAAGGCAGCUGCUUCUCCACCUCCCAUCAAGCCGAAGGAGCCAUUAAUCGAUUGCAUCCCGCUGUGUAUGUGAAUGUACGCAAGUGACAAUUUCACUUAAGUGGCUGCUCUCAAGACAAUUUCCUUUCUAAGAUUGACCUCAUCAUUGUCAUAAUUGUAAUUUCUUUCUUUUGCUGGUUUAUUCAUGUGUUCAGCAGAAGCCUAAAAUAAAUAUCUUGCAAAAGACUUGCUGUUUCAG